AUGAUGCUUUCCAAACGCGAUAUCCGCAUCGGAAAUGUUUCAGGUGCAACGGGUGACAGUCCGCACGCCAUGCUGCGGAUGGCACAAGAUGGCAACGUCGAUGUAAUCGUUGGCGAUUGGCUUUCAGAAAUGAACAUUGCAUGGAAUGCCAUUACCAAAGACCAAGAUCCAUCGUUGGGCUACGAACCGGGCUUUUUGACGCAAUUAACUGAGUCCAUCGACACGAUCGCGAAGAAAGGUAUCAAGGUCAUCACCAAUGCGGGUGCUUUAAAUACACAAGCACUAGCUGCUCAGGUACAGGAGAUGUGUCGUGCGCGGGGCCACAAGGACUUGGUGAUUGCCAUGGUGCUGGGAGACGAUAUCUCUCAAGCCGUAACCGAUCCCGCCAAAUGUGAGAAUCUCCUGCAUCUCGACCAUCCAGAGUGGGCACUCAGGGACUGGCUGUUGGAGCCGUAUUGCGGGGUGGCGUAUAUUGGAGCUUGGGGGAUCGUCGAAGGAAUGAAAGCAGGAGCGGAUAUCAUUAUUUGUGGACGAGUCACGGAUGCAUCUCCAGUAAUCGGAGCUGCCGCAUGGUGGCAUGAUUGGGCCCGAGAUGAUUGGGAUCGACUUGCAGGUGGCUUAGUUGCAGGUCAUUUGAUCGAGUGCGGGCCCUAUGUGACAGGAGCCAACUUCUCCGGAUUUAAAUCGAUUCUCCCUCAGUUGGUGGAUCUGGCAUUCCCUAUUGCAGAGAUCAGCAAAGAAGGAACCUGCACCAUCACAAAGCCUGAAGCCCAUGCCGGAGCCGUGACAAAACACAACACAAUCUCUCAAUUCCUGUACGAACUUCAGGGAGAACAAUAUCUGAACCCGGACGUUGUUGCCAACCUCCAUAAUGUGUGCAUUGAACAGGUCGCUCCGAAUAGAGUACACGUACAUGGCAUCACCGGAUCUCCUCCACCGGCAACGACCAAGGCAAUGAUUGCAGCCAAGGGCGGAUACCAGGCCGAGGCUACAUUCUACAUCAACGGGCUCGACGUGUCAGAGAAAGUCGAGAUGAUGCGCAACCAGCUCUUGCACAUCUUCCGCGACCACAACUUCAGCAAAUUUUCAAUCGAGUUGUAUGGAUCCGCUGCAUCGAAUCCUACGAGCCAGCAAGCCGGUACAGUCUUCCUGCGCGUAUUCGCGCAGGCUAAAAAGAAGGAAGAUAUCUCUGCCGACAAGUUCAAAAUUCCAAUCUAUGCUUUAAGAAUGCAAAGUUAUCCCGGAUACCACAUGAAUCUCGACUUCCGGACAAUGGACCCAAAGCCCUUCAUGGAAAUAUUCCCAGUCGUGAUCGCAAUGGCCUCCCUCGACCACCAAACUCAUGUUUUAGGAAGCACCAUUUCAACCUCGAUUUUGAUUGAUCCCCCUCAGAUAACCUCCAAAUAUCCCGAUCCCCGAAGGUCCUACGAGACUGCAAGUCCAGUCGAUCUGGCGAGCUUCGGACCUGCCCAACUAGCUCCCUUAGGCCACAUUGUCCACGCGCGGUCUGGAGACAAGGCAGACAACUCGAAUAUUGGCUUCUUCGUCAGAAAUCACGACGAAUAUCCCUGGCUACAGUCAUUCCUGACAGUACAUCAGAUAAAGAGCCUCUUUGGGGACGACUGGACAAAGGGUGAGAACCACGCCGAAAGAAGGGUGGAAAGGUGUGAGUUUCCCAAGGUUUUGGCCGUCCAUUUCCGGGUACUGGACUUCUUGGAUGGAGGGAUUGCGAGCUCCAGCAGGAUCGACGGCUUGGGCAAGGGGAUUGGGGAAUACUUAAGAAGUAAGGUCGUUCCUAUCCCAGUACAGUUUUUAGAAAGAGGGUGUAUUUAG